ACAUGACACGACAACACGCAGCUACUUCCUGUGCAGGAGACUAGCAGACAGUAAACGAGAGAGAAAACAGCAGUGAAGAUCUGUGAAACUACUGAGUCGUUCAAGAUGUUGGCUCUCAUGAACAGGCUUUUGGACUGGUUCCGCUCUCUGUUCUGGAAAGAGGAGAUGGAGCUGACAUUAGUGGGACUUCAGUACUCGGGGAAGACGACGUUCGUCAACGUUAUAGCGUCGGGCCAGUUCAGUGAAGACAUGAUUCCCACUGUGGGCUUCAACAUGCGGAAAGUAACAAAAGGCAACGUGACAAUAAAGAUAUGGGACAUUGGUGGGCAACCUCGCUUCAGAAGCAUGUGGGAGCGCUACUGUCGGGGGGUCAAUGCCAUUGUUUACAUGGUGGAUGCUGCAGACCGAGAAAAGGUGGAAGCUUCCAGGAACGAACUGCACAACCUUUUAGACAAACCCCAGCUACAAGGAAUACCCGUUUUAGUACUUGGCAACAAAAGAGAUCUCCCCAACGCACUGGAUGAGAAGCAACUUAUUGAAAAAAUGAACCUUUCUGCUAUUCAGGACAGGGAGAUCUGCUGCUACUCCGUCUCCUGCAAAGAGAAAGACAACAUAGACAUCACCCUGCAGUGGCUCAUCCAGCACUCCAAGUCGCGGAGAAGCUGAAGCUGAGGAGUUGAUGGUUGAAAAGCCCCUCUUCCCUCCACAACCAACCGACAAACCAAUCCCCCUCCCCCCUUUCCCUCCAGCCCAACUCAACGGUCGUCGCUCCCUCAUACAGUCAUCCUCUCCAAUGCCUCUGUGAAGUAAUCCAGCUCUCCACUCACUACCAAACCACGCACCACGCACCACCACCACCAACACCUGCCCCUCACCAUAAAUGUGUAAUAUCGCGUUCCGUCACGCAAACAGUCCGUGGGGUUCCUUUCUUUCCUGCUCGUUAAUAGGGCUAAACGGUGGAUCUGUCGUUUGUAACCCAUCCCGUCCUCAGAGUCCCUCCGUGUCCUUGUCAUUGUUGGGUUUAUUUUGCAGCGGGUUCACGUGGGUUACAAUGUCUUCAACCCAGAAACCUUUGCAAGCAGACAGUAUGACUCUGGUUGCAUUUUAUGGCAGACGUCGUUGUUAUGUCAUGAUAGUGUGGGUUGGCUUGACAGUCUGACUGUACUUUUAUUUGCCAAAUAAUGAUUGUCGGCUUGCAUUCGUAUUCAAUUCUCUAGUACCUUGGGGCAAAUUCCUUUUGUUUUGUUGCUGGCAUAUGACCGAAUGUUUUCUAUGUGUCUUAAAAUCAAGUGUUUACAGAAAAGAUCAGAUGGCAAUUUUGUGAAUGGAUGAAAGGUUGUCAUAGCUAGAAACCCUAAGACAGGCCAGCAUAGUUUUAAGUGCCUUUUGCUCAGUAAGUAUUCUCCAAAAGAUGGAUACCUGAAUAUGUUUGCCUGAGGAUUACGUCCACCUCUCACCUGUUCUCCUGAUUCACUUCAAUAGUACGAACGAUAUUCAAUCCUGAUGUAUACACAAUGCUGAUCAACGAACCCAGUUCACAUGAUGAUAUCCUACAAAUGCAACUGAAGAUACUACAAUGACAAAGUAAAUGGGCUCCUGUAGAGGACCAUCUCAAGGAAGGAGAUUGAUAUUACAUUUGUAAAUGGGUCGAGGGUAGUUUUGAAUGUUAUUUCACUGUCGCCGUUUCUAUUGUCGCUUGAUAAUAUAUUUAGUCACGCUUGCCACGCGCUGAUUGCAAUAUGUUUACUAACGUUAUCACUAUAUGAUACGAUUUUCAAAUACACAAUACCGGCUUGAGAGUGUAGUCCAGUGUGGGUCAGCGUGGCUCAUGUUGUGGUCGCUGCGUUACUCCAGUACAAGAUCUGGACGCUUACAAAUCCAUUGAUGUCCCCUCAUCUUUUUUCAAUCAUGAACUCUUCUACAAAGCCUUAGCAAUCCAAGGGAGGUUGAGGCUGUGCGCUCCGACCAUACGAAACAAGUUCAAUCCUUUCUACGGGAUAAAGACUGCGACUAUCAUUGAUUUAUGUACAGUUCAGCCUCUUCUUAUGACGUUUGCGUCGUGUGUGUAUAUAUCUUAUCUGCAGCAGUUGAUUCGGUCGGUUUGAUUGUCCUUUUUGUGUUUUCUAAUGUGCUUCUUCAUCUUUGCCCAAUUGUCUUCCUUGGUCUUUCAAACUAAAAUCACUUCAUCUUCUCUUGUAAUGUCUCUUGUUUUUUCUGUUUUCUUUCCUGUCUAUGACCCUUGCAAUCUUGACUGUUCAGCAGUUUCGCUGCUGUAAGUGGCUUUGAAACCAGGAGCCUAUAUAGGUUAAUAGGGUAAAGCUUUGUUACCUUUUGUAAUAUAAUAUAUCUAUUAUAUAAUAUAUAUACCCACACAACCAUAGCUUAUUUGCAAUUUGUAUGUGCAUGUGCUUUGUUAUCCACAUUCAAUUAGCAGAAUUUGUAAAUAAGAGAUUAGCCUUUUUAUUCAGAUUGAUUUUCGUAGAUGUCUUGCAUAAUUUCCUUGUGAUUGCUAAUAAAUUUAUUUUAUUUUUGAUCAGAUAUUUGUUGCGCAUGAGUAAACAUGUUAAUUCAUUUCUUACCAGUAGGUGGCGGCAUAGGACUUUAAAAGUAUGGAUUGGUAAGCAGUGAAUAAUACCUGAGCGGUAUCUUGUUGUUUUGAUUCGAAGCUCUGCAACAUUUAAAAUAACCUCCUUUUAUAAAACAUUUCUUUUCUAAGUGUGCUUCUUGCACAUUUAUUGAAAAUGUUAAAUAUGUUGAAUCCUAAUAGGUGGCGAGUCAUAGAAAUACUUUUUUCUUUUAACUCGCAAGGCAUCGUUUUGAUGGUUGAAUGAUUUGUCACCAAAUUUACAUUUUGAUGAAUUGUUUUGGAUAAUGUGCAGGUCAUUUUACUAGAUGUCAUCGAGCAUAACAUUUUAUAAAAAUUAACCGUGAAGGAGGAUCUUCAAGGUACUAUUCGAGUUAUUAACAAGUUUGAGCCACACCCUACCAGAAUAAUAAUCCCAUUUCACAGAACAACAAUCGACUACCGUCCAGUUUUCUUAAUCGAUGACCAUUUACUAAAUUCACACACCUGGUUGAUUCAUGUGCAUCAUAAAACAAUUCAAUAUCCCAGUGUUCCCUUAUCAACCCAAACCACCCCUUCUUUAAAACGCCUCACAGCUUUUCUUUUCACGCAUCUAUUACCGCAAAGAGGAAUUGAUCCAAUACAAAAGAAGGAACUGAAACACUACAGCAAGCUAAUCUUGGGGCGCAAUGAACCAUGAGGACCGUGUCGCUCUCACGAGCUGUGGGAGACUCGGCCCGCGCCAGGUCCUUGUAAAGCGCCUACACCUUAAUUCAUCUAAUUUCUUAAACACAGCCUUCUUAAAUGAGCAGCUGUCAACUUUAAUGGCCGCUCCACGCAGAUGGGCUGGAACCAGCCAGACCUGCCGCGGCAGCCAGGUGUUUGUGAUGGACUCCAUGGCGCAUGGUUGCGUAUGGGUUUAUGAUCAUAAUGAAUUUAAAGGGAUUAGGGGGAGGGGGUUACGACCCCAGCCCCCCUUUGCCCUAACCCUACCAUAUUCAUUUCUACUGAGCAGGUCAGGAAGAGAUGACCUCAAUGUGAGCCAUAGACGUCUGUGUUGUUGCACUCAAUUACCGCCAACACGUGGCCAUUUAUUAGCUUGUAUUUGGCGAAUGCUGCUUCUACAAAUAAAUAUUAAACGGAUGGGCUCUGGCGGAGGCCUGUGUUGGGAGUGGCCCAAGUGGGAAUCAAACUGCUGACCAUACCAGUGUUUUUAAUGCCAUGCUUCACCAUGCUUCACCAGUGGUGAAGCAUUGUGGACAGGACCACAGUUGAGUUGUAGACCGCAUUAGAAACUGUCAAAAUUACACAUUUUCCUCUGUCAGGUGUCCAUAUAGCCAGUUGUCCCUUGCUAUAAAGAUGACGUUUUUAUUCGUAUCAUAUUUUAUUUUGGAACUCAUUUCUAGCACAAAGUGGCAAAGAACUAGAUCCAAUGUUAUAUGUCCUCCCAUUGGGCGCUUGCCGUCUGAAUGGUAACAGUGGAAGUUAAGCACAGUCAGUCAUUGUAGUAGUUCCGAGGUUAAAACGUGAUCCACGAAUGUUAAGCCAUCCACACUGAAAUAACAAUAAGGCUCUGUAGUCUUGUGCCCCACUUUCUCCCAAGCAUAUAGCUGCCUGCUGGUUCAAUACUGUAUGUGUAAUUGAAUCACUUCCAGAUUGGCUGUACAGUAUUUACUGAUGUGUCUCUCUGUCAAGACCCUGGACCCUGUCACUCAGCACUGGGGAAGAACACACUUUGUAAAAAUAAAGAGGAUGGAUGACUUGACACACUAUAUUUGAACUAAUCUUUGCAAUCAAUGUAGUAUUGAUGCAAACCCCCCCAUAUGGAUCAUUAUAGGGGUUAAAAAUCAUUAAUAAACUUUAUAGAAGGCUAAAUGUUGUAUUGUUUGGAAUGAUAUUUCUGUAUGGUAAGCUAAAUUCUUAUUUUUCAAUCUUGUAGUUUCUUAUUUGGACAUAGGAGGAGGCUUUAGUAUUUGCUGUUAAGUCAUCCAGAAUACACUUUUAUCCAAAGCAACUUUGUGGACAUGGUGAAUUCAGAGUCAAGUCAUCAGGAAGCGUUGGCAUGGUUGUUUGUGAGAUCAGAGUGCUAUGCUUAAGAGCUUUCUAACAAUAGGCUGUAGAUUGUGCUCCACGAGCCCCCUAAAGCAUAGUAUUUGUCAAAUGACUGUUUGUGGCCUGGACCUCUGCAAUCCACCUUACACCUUGUUCUUAUCUCUGUGCUGUUCUUUGGUCAUAACCCCGGGGCUGAUCGCUAUGGGGCAUGUCACAUGAUUUGGCAUGGAUCUGCAUGGCAGCAUUUCGCCAUCCUUAACUGCACCGCACUCAAUAAAAGACACAUGGCUACAUGCUUGCCUUGCCUUGUAAUACACGGCACCUGAUGGCUCGUUAAGUUAAUACAUUCCUGUCCCUAAUUAGUUUACAUUGUGCUUGUUUUAUUAGGGGCCGGCCGGAACAUGCUGUUUAAAGUAUUUCACAGGGUUUUUACUGUUGGCUGAAUUUAAUACUGUUUUUUUUUCGACCAUAAAAUAAAUAUUUAGAGAGUCUGACCGCUGGGGAUGGAAGAGGUGUGGUGCGUGUCACCGUUCAGUGUUGUAGUGAUAUUUGUAUUCCGUUCAAAUACGACUGCCUUUUGAGGAGAAAAAAGUUUUAUUUUUGAUAAACCAACCUG